GCUGCCGGGCCCCGCGCUAUAAUUCUCCCUCCCACGCCGAGGGCGAGGCGCCCGGCUCCCUCCUGCGCGCAGAGCCCCCGGCCCGGCCCGGCAUCGCAGCACCAGGGCUGCCAGCGCGUUGUUAACCCACUUGUAAUGCAACCGGCAUCAGGGCUCUUGACCGAGUCCUGUGACAAGUUUAAUAACCAGUUCUACGAUGAAGCUUCAAAAAAAUGCUGCUACCACUGUCCCACAGGCUCCAUUAAACAGACACCAUGCCCUACUAACUUGGACAAAGACUGCAGGUGGUGCGAGCCCGAGCAGUACCUGAAGGAGGCACAUCCAAAGCCACGUUGUGAGGCCUGCGUGUCAUGCAUGACAGAACAUGACCUCGUGGAGAAAGCCCCCUGCACCUUCAAUUCCAGCAGGGUGUGCGAGUGCCGGGCAGGGUUCUUCUGUAAAAUGUCAGUCCUGAACACUUGUGCACGAUGCGACCGUCACACCAGCUGCUCUUCUGGGUAUGGAGUCAAGGUCAGAGGCACCUCCAAAACAGAUGUCACCUGCCAAGUGUGUCCUCCAGGCACCUUCUCUGACCGGCUUUCCAGCACAGAAACCUGCAGGCCCCACACAGACUGUGCCAAGCUGAGCAAGGUAGUGAUGACCAAAGGAAACGCCACCCACGACCAAGUGUGCAAGGAGCCAUCUCCCAACGUCCUCAGUUGGGUCCCUACGCUUGCAACAUUUAAAAACAGUACCCAGGGCACUGAGCCAGCCGGGGUGCCCUCCCAACACACCCAACCCCCUCGUGGGAAAAGCCAGCCUUCCCACCUUGAGCAUCCUGUUGACUCCAGACGGGCAACCCAUACCAGCCUCCUCCUGAGCAAUGUGACCUCUGGCAAUGUCCAUCCAACUGCUGGAGGAACCGCCGGUGGAGCAGAUACAAAGCCAGCUGCUGGCACUUUCCUGACCUCAAGUGUAGCCACAGGCAAGACUGUGAAGGAAGAGAAUGGCAGCUUCAUUCCCUGGGUCAUGGUGGUCCUCCCAGUGACGUUGUUGCUUGGGGCCAUGGGAGUGUUUUGGCAAAAGAAGUUUUGCAAGCGGCGGAUCUUCACCCUCAUAAGGAAGACAGCUCCUAAUGUGUACCAAGUCCCUACACAACAACCCAGGCCUGGAUCUCAAGGGCCCGAUUUGAUGAAGACUUGUGCAAGGAGAAUCAGUAUGUUGAAAGCUGAAAAGGGGCCAGAAGAGAGGGAGCUAAUUACCAGCAGCCCCAACAUGGAAACCAACAACAACUCGCCUUCCAGCACAGAGAAAACUCAUGGGCCUGAGCUGAGUCUGGCCGAGGUGAACCAGAGCAGCGGAAAUUCCCUAGAUUGCCCAGUCGAUGCUCGUGUGAGGGACCACACUAAUAACCGGAUCGAGAAAAUUUACAUCAUGAAAGCAGACACAGUGAUUGUGGGCUCCAUCUCGGAAGUGUCCGGAGGCAAGAACUGUGCCGUUCGAGGGUAUGACAGUGAUGCUGAGGCCCAAGAAAACCCAGUGGAAAUGGAUGGGGCAAUGCACUAUCCAGAGCAGGAGACAGAAUCAUUCCCAGGAAACGAUGUCAUGAUUCCCGUGGAGGAGGAAGGGAAAGAAUUCCAUCACCCCACCACUGCCACCGAGAAGUGAUGCCCUCCUGCCACCACUGCUGACAAGUGAUGAUUCCUGAAGUGUAAAGCUGUAGAGAUGCCCACUGUGCCGGCGACUGAGAGCUCGCUGGAGAGUUGUGGCUGCAUUAUUGUCUCCAAUACUGUAGGUUGUGAAAGGAUUUUUUGUACGAGGCCUCAGAGAAUCUAUUUCAUCCCCAAAAUGAGGCAUGCAUUCAAAGGAAGAAGAACUUGCACUGCUUAUCAUAUCAGAUGUUUCUCCGUCCUCCUCCCUCUUUUUGCAUCCCACUAGAGAUGGACCUGAACCAAAACUGCACGUACAAAAAACCCAGAAUUCUACCCUAACUUCAUGGCUUCCCGUCUCGUUUCACAGUGGGAUAGAAUAAAACCCCAAAUACUGACCAAACUCCUUGGCUGUGAAAUGUCAGGUCAGACUCCAGGGGCUGAAAUUGGGAAGUUGUUUCUGAAUCCCAUAUCUGAAGCUGUGUUGUUCCCACAUUAAGGUUGCCAACUGCUGGCAUGUGUUUAUUGCAUUGUUCAGAGUUUUUCAGGAACUAGCUCUACUCCUGGAUGGAUAGGAUAAAAAUCUCAGGUUUAUCAGCAUAAAAAGUCUCUAAGCCUCCUAGUUCUAGAAAAAAAAGCUUGAAAAACUUUUUCCAGUAUGUGCCUUGGAGGAUCAGAAACUAGAAGGGAGAAGAAGCGAAUACAGAAUUUGCUUGUGACUAUUAAGCCAGUUCUAUGGAUCUUGCCCCUCUGGGACUUGGCCAUACUGAUGCCUUAUGAUCUUUUCCCAGGAAAAGACUGAGAGGCUGAACAUGAGGUUCUGGACUUUUGUUUCCAUGUGGAGUCUCUAUGAAAGGGGCCUUCCAGUGUAUAGGAAUGGGGUCCUGCAAGGAACACAAAGGGAAUAUGCUGAUUUUCCAAAGGAAACAAAGACUUUGAGAAAAGGGGGCCUUGAUUGUUCCCUAGAACAUUAUCCAUGUCUGAUUGUUCAAGGAGAAUUGCUGGUACCAUCCUGGUAGCACUAGUUUAUUUGCAUGCUACUGGUCCACACUGUGUUGUGGAAAUUGCUGCCAUAACCAAUUAGACGGGAUGCCUGCAUGCAGCUCGCGUGGUUUGAAUACCAAGUGCCAUGUUGGUGGUGGCACUUGAGCACACAACUUUGGGAAAUGAGUGCCUUGGCUGCCUGUGCCUUGUCUCUAGUGGGUUAUGGAAUAGAGAAAAUCCCACACAAUUUACUGAUCCAUUUUGAUGCAC